CUUGGACACCACCGGAAGCUGAACAGACAUCAUCCACCUUCAGAAGAAUGCAAGGACCAUCGCAACCCACCUCAAGCCGCAAGAGGCUUGAUCCAAGGAUCCAAUCCCUCAUCAAGAACUGCGUCAAAACAAACCACCGAUCAUUCUUCAUCGUACUGGGCGAUAAAGCAGUCGACCAGGUCGUCAACCUCCACUUCCUCCUCUCUCAAUCACGCCACACCGCCAGGCCCAACGUACUAUGGUGCUACAAGAAAGAACUAGGAUUUACCUCCAAUCGCAAGAAGCGAGAACAGAAAAUCAAGAGAGAAGUCAAGAAAGGUCACAGGGAGGUGGGUGAUAUGGACCCAUUCGAGUUGUUUGUUAGUCUAACCGACAUCCGAUACACAUAUUAUAAAGAAACCGAGAAGAUCCUAGGUCAAACUUUUGGCAUGCUCGUCCUUCAAGACUUCGAGGCUUUGACACCGAAUCUACUCGCUCGCACCAUCGAAACCGUCACCGGGGGUGGGAUCGUCGUCCUUCUAUUGAACACCAUGAAGUCUCUCAGGCAACUCUACACGCUCUCAAUGGAUGUCCACGAAAGAUAUCGUACCGAGGCUUACGGCGAUCUGUCGGGAAGAUUCAACGAAAGAUUCUUGCUUUCCCUAGGUCCUUUCCAACAGUGUCUGGUACUCGAUGACGAACUGAACGUGUUGCCCAUCAGCGCUGGGAAGGAUGUAAAAUUACUGGAAGAUGUCGAUCAGAAUCAACUCUCCAACACCAAAGGGAAAACCCGCCAGCUCGAAUUAGAGGAAAUCAAACGUGAAUUAGUCGAAACAAAACCAAUCGGUGAUGUCAUCCAACUGGCUCGUACGGUUGAUCAAGCAAAGACUUUAAUGGAAUUCACUUCAUCCAUCACCGAAAAAACACUGUCAUCCACUGUCACCCUAACAGCCUCACGAGGUCGUGGCAAAUCAGCAGCACUCGGAAUGGCAAUUGCCGUUGCCGUCGCCCACUCAUACUCAAAUAUAUUUGUCACUUCUCCAUCUCCUGAAAACUUGAAAACUCUCUUCGAAUUUAUUUUCAAAAGUCUAACAGCCCUUGGUUAUGAAGAGCAUCUCGAUUACAACGUUCAUCAAUCAUCUAAUCCGGAGUGGAAAAAUUGUAUCGUCCGUGUAGAUAUCUUCCGCAACCAUCGACAAACAAUUCAAUAUAUUCAGCCUCAAGACUAUAAGGUUUUAGGACAAGCUGAAUUGGUGGUGAUCGACGAGGCAGCAGCGAUACCGAUCCGGCUUGUCAAAAAUCUCAUCGGUCCCUAUCUAGUCUUCAUGGCUUCUACUAUCAAUGGUUAUGAAGGCACUGGCCGCUCGCUGUCCCUCAAGCUUAUUGCUCAACUGCGAGAGCUGUCAAAAAAAUCUGUCGUAAAUUCGGCCGCUAAAUCGCACAAUGACUCAUCAUCGACAAAAGACGCAAGCGCCACCACUGCUGUAACCUAUCAAAAACCAAGCCUAUCCCGAAGCUUGAAAGAGCUCAAGCUGGAUGAGCCCAUCCGGUAUGCUGAAGGUGACGGUGUUGAGAAGUGGUUGAACGGAUUGCUUUGUCUUGACGUUCAAACUUCUUCGAGCAAUCGAAGCCUUCAAGGCUGUCCACAUCCCAGCAAAUGCGAUCUAUAUUUUGUGAAUCGAGAUACUUUAUUCAGUUAUCAUCCUGCCUCGGAGGUUUUUCUGCGUCGGAUGAUGUCGCUCUAUGUAGCUAGUCAUUACAAAAAUUCGCCAAACGACUUACAGCUAAUGAGCGAUUCUCCCUCUCAGCAACUUUAUGUUUUACUGCCGCCCAUCGCAGACGGGGACAACGGUAGUCUGCCGGAGCCGCUGGUGGUCAUUCAAGUGGCAUUGGAGGGCAAGAUCUCUAAACCUAGCGUCAUGGCCAGUCUUAGCCGAGGUAUCAAGGCUUCUGGCGAUCUAAUCCCGUGGACGAUCUCACAGCAAUUUCAAGAUGAGGACUUUCCCACUCUUUCUGGAGCUCGAAUAGUGAGGAUCGCCACUCACCCCGAUUACUGUCGGAUGGGCUACGGCACGCGAGCGAUCCAAAUUUUAACAUCUUAUUUCAAUGGCCAGCUGGUCAGCCUCAGCGAAGAAUCGGUCAAGGAGCCUACAAAAUCCAACCAUUCAAGAGGGGAAGCAGCAACAGAAAAAGAUGGAAAUCUAAUCAGCAUGCGAGACAUAAAUGAGCUUCCAGCACUCUUGCAAAGGCUCAGUGAUCGACCACCCGAGCCCAUCGAAUACUUAGGAGUCAGUUACGGAUUGACGCCCAACUUACUAAAGUUUUGGAAGCAACUGGGCUUCUUACCGGUUUAUAUUCGACAAACCGAAAAUGAAUUGACGGGCGAGCACACAUCCGUGAUGAUUCGAAGUUUAAGCAAAGAAGAAUCUGAGAGGCCUUACCACCCUGAAGAUUGGCUCACUGCCUUUGCUCUUGAUUUCCGCAAACGGUUUCUUACUCUACUUUCAUACAAGUUUCGUGCUUUCCCUUCGAUUGCCAGCUUAACAGUCCUAGAAGCCGCAAACGCAGGCGAGCUGGUCGAAAGACAAGAAAAUUUGCUCAGCGGAGAACAAAUAUCUCGGUACUUCUCCCCGUUUGAUUUAAAACGGCUCCAAAGUUACUCCAACAAUAUGCUUGAUUAUCACGUUAUCCUCGAUUUACUGCCUAGCUUGACUGAGCUUUACUUUGGUGGGAAAUUUAACGCUGAAACUCGAUUGACAGGUGUCCAAAGUUCAAUUUUGUUAAGCUUAGGUUUGCAGAGAAAGUCCGUUGAGGAAAUCGAAAGCGAGAUCAAGCUACCUGUCUCUCAAACACUUGCAUUAUUUGUGAAAGUGAUUCGCAAGCUGACGAAGGCCAUCCAAGAGCUUCAAAAAGCCAAAUUUUCUUCCCAGUUGACUAAGACUAUCGAACAUACUCACUCCACAAGCGCCACAUCAGAGCCCCAAUCAAGUGAAAAACUUUCCACUGUGUCACUCAAGAAAACCUCAGAGGCCAAAGCAAACGGGAACUUGCCGCAGGUUCCCGAAAGAUUGAAAGAACAGCAACGAGAGUUGAUUGACAGUCUCGAUUUGAAUCAAUACGCGGUAGGCGGAGAUGAAUCGGAAUGGGAGCAAGCUGAACAGAAAAUUGGCGAAACCUUGGUAGGAGAUGCUGACAAGUCAAUGACCGUCAGCCUGGCCAAUCCGAAUUCCAGUAAAAAAUUGCUGAAACGCAAAGUCGAAGAGAGCCAACCGGUCAAAGGCGGUAAAGAUAAGAAGAAGAAGACAAAAAAACACAAACCCACUUCGUAAAAGUGUUUAAAAGUGUUUUGAAUUCUCUCCUCUCUCUCCCCCUCGGCUUGUUGAGUUCGGAAACGCAGUUUUUUCGCUUCAUUUUAUGAGACCCUCAUUGCUUUUUUAUUGCUUCAUACUCAUUGUUACCACGACUUCUCAGAGGUUCCUGUCAUCGGGAUCUCUUCAUAGCUGCAAAGAAUAUUUAACCAUCGGCACGCCAUUUUCUGAUUAAGAUUUAAGAUCAAG